AUGGACUUCCUCAACGUUGACAACCUGAUCACGGAGCAAGAUCUGUUUGAUCUCACAACCGGGGGAAAUGCACUUAACGAUGCGUGGCUCGUUCCUGCAUUUCCCAAUGCCUUUCCUGAACGGUCAGACUUUGCAGAGGGGAUAGGCGACAACAUUGCGGCUCAGGGAAGUAAGAGACCGCGAGGGAGGACCUUCACUUGUGAUGGACGUCGCCCCAUCUGUCACAAUUGUCAAAGAUCAAGAGGCUAUAUUUGUCGAGGUUUUGUGGAGAACCUGCGACAGACAGAGACUGGCCCCAAAGCACAAGUCAGUCAUUCAGAGCGUGCGACUAAGGUCCGUCGUACCGACAGCCGCCGUCACGCUGUUGAACCCAUGCAUCAUCAUCCUCACUCUGGAGCGGACGUCAUUUCGCAGGAUGUGCCGGAUCCAAGCCAGCGACAGCUGUCAACCGACAACUAUGUAACAUCAGUGCCCAACACACUCCGGAGCGAAUCCGUCCAAGAUGAUCUUCUGCAUCACUAUCGAUCGAUUGUGACAGGGGUGAUGAUGCCAACAAUCGACUCAGCGAGCAAUCCGUGGCUUCAAAUAUAUUUCAACCUGGCCUUUGGGAACCCCUCGACAACGAGCCAGUCUUCCUUACGGCAUGCACUUAUCUCCGUGGCGGCUUAUCAACGAGCAAGUCAACAAAGAGGCUCGAGGCAAAAGGACAUUGAAAGGGCACGCUCCUACGGACAAAAAGCCGAAAAACUACUUGAGCAAGUCGCUAACAUUGGGGAGGGGCAGCACACCCAAAGUCUUAGAGACAAAUGCACUUCCGUGGCUGCCGCUUUGAGCUUGAUUUCCAUCGACGUAUUUGAUCCUCGGGGCAUUGAUUGUAGGGCGCACCUGCACCUCGCUCGGAGAAUCAUUCAAUUGUAUGCCACCGAACAGACUUGGAAGUCCAAUGCUAUCCUCAAUAUGCUGUACCAGAUACUCCUUUGCUACGAGACAGUCGCAAACACUGCACGGCUCACUGAGACGUCUUGCUCGUCCCCAUCCCAGCAACAAGGCUCCGAAUCUGGUGCUAGGGACACUGAUGAAGCAUAUAGAGGACGUGAAGAGGAGGAAGGCCUCGAACAAUUUGUGACCAAUCCUCAGCAUUUCAUUUUGAACUCGUCAUUUGGGGUCAGCUGGCGAACACUGUCCUUGCUGCAGCAAACUAUCAAGCUUGGCUCACUUUGCACUAGGACCAUAUUUGCAUCGCCCGCCUUAUUGAGCCAGGUUAAGGACUUACACCGGCACCUCUGUAGCUUCGAGGACGAUCCAUCGCAAUUUCUUGUUCCUACCUCCAAGGAGCGCAACAUCUCCUGCCUUGCCAAUGGCGUGUUGACUUCGGAUUUGACUACCGUAAGCAGCACCGACACGCUGCCCAAAGUCAUUAGCGACGAACUUGUGGAGAAUCUGCAAUUGGCGUUCCACUACGCUGUAAUAGUCUAUUUUCAUAGAGUCAUUCCGGCCAUCUAUCAAGCAAGCCUCGAUAACGAUACACCCGAUGGUCAUGUCCGACACUCGUCAGCUCGGAACAAAGGCAUGCAUCAUCAUCACCAGACUUUGAUCAGUAACAUCUGGGAUCGACUCGAAAAUAUUGACUGCAUUACACCACGAGAAACGCAACUCCAACGCGGGAAUGUCAUGUGGCCUGCAUUCAUUGCAGCUGUCGAGUCGAUACAGGUCGAGCUCCGGCACCGAGCAUUGAUAUGGUUCUCCAAAGCCGCCGAGAGAGGAGUCGGCAAUGUGCUAGAAGCCAAGAAAGUGGUUCUGGAAGUCUGGCGACGGGUAGACAGGCUCCGCUCUAGAGACGACGAGCCAACUGGCCUUGGGCCUAUAGACUGGAGAGCAGUGAUGCAUGACAUGGAUUCACACAUAAUGCUGACUUAA